AUGGAAUCUGGGAGAAGGGGAUGGAAUCUGGGAGAAGGGGAUGGAAUCUGGGAGAAGGGGAUGGAAUUUGAGAGAAGGGGAUGGAAUCAGGGAGAAGGGGAUGGAAUCAGGGAGAAGGGGAUGGAAUCUGGGAGAAGGGGAUGGAAUAUGGGAAAAGGGGAUGGAAUCUGGGAGAAGGGGAUAGAAUCUGGGAGAAGGGGAUGGAAUCUGGGAGAAGGGGAUGGAAUCAGGGAGAAGGGGAUGGAAUCUGAGAGAAGGGGAUGGAAUCUGGGAGAAGGGGAUGGAAUCUGGGAGAAGGGGAUGGAAUCUGGAAGAAGGGGAUGUAAUCUAGGAGAAGGGGAUGGAAUCUGGGAGAAGGGGAUGGAAUCUGGAAGAAGGGGUUGGAAUCCGGGAGGAAGGGAUGGAAUCUGGGAGAAGGGGAUGGAAUAUGGGAGAAGGGGAUGGAAUCUGGGAGAAGGGGAUGGAAUCUGGGAGAAGGGGAUCGAAUCAGGGAGAAGGGGAUGGAAUCUGGGAGAAGGGGAUGGAAUUUGGGAGAAGGGGAUGGAAUCGGGGAGAAGGGGAUGGAAUCUGGAAGAAGGGGGGAUGGAAUCUGGAAGAAGGGGGUGGAAUCUGGGAGAAGGAGAUGGAAGGAGGGAGAAGGGGAUGGAAUCUGGGAGGAGGGGAUGGAAUCUGGGAGAAGGGGAUGGAAUCUGGGAGAAGGGGAUGGAAUUUGAGAGAAGGGGAUGGAAUCUCGGAGAAGGGGAUGGAAUCUGGAAGAAGGGGGUGGAAUCUGGGAGAAGGAGAUGGAAUAAGGGAGAAGGGGAUGGAAUCUUGGCGAAGGGGAUGGAAUCUGGGAGAAGGGGAUGGAAUCUGGGAGAAGGGGAUGGAAUCUGGGAGAAGCGGAUCAAAUCAGAGAGAAGGGGAUGGAAUCUGGGAGAAGGGGAUGGAAUUUGGGAGAAGGGGAUGGAAUCUGGGAGAAGGGGAUGGAAUCUGGGAGAAGGGGAUGGAAUCUGGGAGAAGGGGAUGGAAUUUGGGAGAAGGGGAUGGAAUCUGGGAGAAGGGGAUGGAAUCUGGAAGAAGGUGAUGGAAUCCGGGGGGAAGGGAUGGAAUCUAGGAGAAGGGGAUGGAAUAUGGGAGAAGGGGAUGGAAUCUGGGAGAAGGGGAUGGAAUCUGGGAGAAGGGGAUCGAAUCAGGGAGUAG